CUCAACAAUACAGACGGUCACUUCACCGCGGCGUACAAACUGUUGACAUCUGUUAAAUUCACGGCUAUAUUAACAUGGUUAACAUUGCAGCAUUGGUAAACGUCACAAUGUCAGUACCAACGAGAAAUACAACUGACAAUAUCACCACCAAAAACAACACCUACCCUUAUCACAAAUUGGACCGUACCCCGGUCAUCACUUCCGUUUCCGUUAUCAGCGUCCUGGCUGUCGUCUCCAACCUGACCCUGUUGUUCGUCAUUAUUUCCCGGAAACAGCUUCGCUCCAACGUGUUCCUGUGGAAUGUGGCUGGCAUGUGUGUCUCUAAUCUGCUCUUCGGCACAAUUACCAAUGCGCUUGGUGACAGUCGUUUCAUUUACAAGGAAUGGCUCCACGGGACCAUCCUCUGUAAAGUGUUUUCUGUGUUUGACCUAACUUCGACGCACAUCAUGAGCAUGAUCCAGAUUACCAUAGUAAUCAGCCUCUUUUUGAAAGUAAAGCUGUCCCUUUCACCGCCCUCCGAUAUCACUUCACGCAUCUGGACCAUUCUCCCUUACAUUCUGUUUUCUUUACCCUGGCUCGGUGAAGUAGCAUUAAUACCAGUGGUUAUCUUGGGGGAAAUGAACGAUUUGCCAGAUUACGCAAAGAAAUACGGCUCAUUAAUGUGUUUCCAUUUUCUUGAGAAAAACACCCGACAAGCCGGUGUUGUAUUGGUCAACAUUUUCUUCUUCAUAAUCCUUGUUCUCAGCAUUGCAGUAUUCCUAUAUUACCGCUUCAAAAAAGCUUCUUACGAUCGCCUGCUGGCAGAUGACGCAAUGCGUCAGGACGAAACGUUGCGUUCCAUGUUAAUAGCGUCUCUUGCGUCAACAGGCAUGUUUUGCCUGUUGUUUGCACCGUUUGUGUAUAUGAUGUUGCAUUUGGUUUUCUGUAGGAGUUCCUGGUGCCGGCCCAACAUAAGGUUAUUUGACGCCUUCUACGUAACCGGAUGCGUCACGUACGCCGCGACGCCUCUCGCUUGGUUCAUGCACAACGACAUCAAGUGCGUCUUUGUUGAAGUCUUAGACAAAGUAAAGGGAAAGUUGCGGUCUACACUGACUCUGUGUAGCGGCUGCUGUAGAACUAAGCUGGAGUCCAUCACUGUAGAAUGGAACCCGAAACAGAGCGAUGUAAUGAACCAAGACAAGUAAUAAUCCAGCAGCAAAGAGAAUGGUCGAAAACAAACCGAAAUAAUGAUACCCGACACUCGAAGUUACCGAUGUAUUGGAACACUACACGAAAACAAACCAAUGUAAUGAAAAAAAAAACGAGUUACAAUCAAGCUUAGAGAGAGAGAAAAAAGAAUGAACACUGGAGAUAAUAAGGAGUAAACAGUGCACAGCAGAUAUUUGUAAUAAACGGGGAAAAAAUGGAUAUCAACUUUUUUGUGCUGCAAAUUUUAUGUACAGAGAAAAUAUGAAAUAUAUAAUGUUGUGAAUAACACAUUUAAUGCUGUAUAAUUAAACUUCAAAUCUUAUGAAAGGUCAAAAUAUAAACAUAAAACAAGUGUAUAUACGAAUACUGUCAUAAAAAUUGAAGAGAAAAUUCAGCUCAGACAAUUUUGCGCAAAAACUGUA